CGCGGCGGCAAGGGUGGCAGUGGCAGCGCUCGCGGGCUCGGGUCGGCAUCCCUGAGGGAGGAGGCGGUGGAGGAAGAGGUGGCGGCGGCGGCGGCGGCGGCGGCGGCGGCGGCGGCGGCGGUGGUCGUAGCGGUGGCGGAGGAGGCGGGUCCGAAUCGGCUGCGGGCAGAGACAUGGCCAACAUCGCGGUGCAGCGAAUCAAGCGGGAGUUCAAGGAGGUGCUGAAGAGCGAGGAGACGAGCAAAAAUCAAAUUAAAGUAGAUCUUGUAGAUGAGAAUUUUACAGAAUUAAGAGGAGAAAUAGCAGGACCUCCAGACACACCAUAUGAAGGUGGAAGAUAUCAACUAGAGAUAAAAAUACCAGAAACAUAUCCAUUUAAUCCCCCUAAGGUCCGGUUUAUCACUAAAAUAUGGCAUCCUAAUAUUAGUUCCGUCACAGGGGCUAUUUGUUUGGAUAUCCUGAAAGAUCAAUGGGCAGCAGCAAUGACUCUGCGCACGGUAUUAUUGUCAUUGCAAGCACUGUUGGCAGCUGCGGAACCAGAUGACCCCCAAGAUGCAGUAGUAGCGAAUCAGUACAAACAAAAUCCUGAAAUGUUCAAGCAGACAGCUCGACUUUGGGCACAUGUGUAUGCUGGAGCACCAGUUUCUAGUCCAGAAUACACCAAAAAAAUAGAAAACCUGUGUGCUAUGGGCUUUGAUAGGAAUGCAGUAAUAGUGGCCUUGUCUUCAAAAUCAUGGGAUGUAGAGACUGCAACAGAGCUGCUUCUGAGUAACUGAGGCAUGGAAGCUGCCGCCAGCCACGCUCACCUCGUGAGGAGCACCAACAUCGGUUAUUUUUAGGAUUCUGCAUAAAUUUCUUUUAAACUGGCAUUCUUGCCUAAUGAUGUUAUCUAGGCACCAUUGGAGACUGAAAAAAAAUUCCCUGCUCUGUAAAUAAAGCUAAUUAAACGUCUGUGUAAAUUUAAAAAGGGGAAAUACUUUAAUUUUUUUCUUAAUAGUGUAAAAAUUCUUUGAGCUAAGCUAAAACCGUGGAAAAAACAUGCUACGUUAGUGUUUAGCAGUGUAACAAGACUAGCGACUUCGCUUCAGGGUUCUGUUGAAUAACUAGGCUAACACUCGAGUGUCGCCGCUCACAUUGUCGUGUUGCAUCACAGCUCCCUUAAGCGUUUGAACCUGGAUCCUCUGUGCCUGUGAAUUUACUUGCAUGCUUGUACUUGACUUCUUAGGAUGGGUAGCUGAAAAGACCACCCUUUUAAGCAUUAGGAAAUUCUUGAAUUAUGAGAUUUAUCCAGACUUAAAGAUGACCUAAUUAGAGCCUUUCGGUCCCUGUGGACGGGUAAGGACACUCUUAUUUUUUCCCUGUUACCAUCCAGAGCUAAGAUUCUCAUGGUCAGUUUCUCUGUGUUUGGUGGGAACUGUGCUGAGGAAGUGUCCUUGUUCCGUUUUAGGUCAUAGAUUUGAAAUGUUUUGUCUGAGUUCUUCACUGUGUAAGUAAUAAUGUAAAAAUGGGGCUGCCAAUUUUAUUUCUCUUAUAAAAGAAGUAAUACUUGAUGUUGCAGUAUUCCCAGGUUUAAUAAAAGGACCCUACUUAGUUUUUCAGUGAAUUUGACAUUUUUCAACUGUUGAAAUCUUUGGAAACUUGAAGGAUGCAGCCAACUGUUUGCAGUAGUGUCCGGUGUAACUGGGACUUACAGUCUGCUUUAUCAGACACUUGAGAUGGCUCUUGCUGCACUCCCCAUGUCCACACAUGAGAGCAAGCUGUUAGUGUCUCACUGUACAUACUCCAGAUGCACAUAGGAAUAGGCGUGUGCUAUAACUCUAGCUUUCUUUAUGAUGUUGCUGAGAAUGUGAGAAUUGAAACUUUACCUUCUCUUGUACAUAGACUUCCUGUUCUCAAGGACCGUCCCAUCUCAUUCUAAGUUCAAAGUUUGAAAAGUGUUCGUUUUACAAACUCAAACACUUACUUAACCAUCUUAAUAAGGUUCAAAUGAAUUUAUGUAGGCAGUUGUUACAUAGGAGAUAUAAUUAUAAAUUUUGAGGACCAAUGAAUAAAUAACAGAAAUGUAAUGGAAUCAGUCUGAAUUAAAGUAAGGCUCUCUAUGGAAAGUCAUAUUCUAAAAGGUUUGUUUUCUUGAAAUGUUCUUCAUCUUAUAGUCAUAAAGUGUUAGGAAAAUACUUUUUGAACCUAUUAACUCAGCAUAACUUCAUUUGACUUUUCAAUAAUCUUGAUACUACAAGCAAUAAAAGAACCAUUAACUAUACUAUAACAUUAAAAAUGUGAAGGUUCUUCUAGCAACUUGUAAGGCUUUCACAGUUAACAGUGACUGCGUGCUGCUGGUCCUGCACACUAUAAACUCAAGCUGCUAUGUUCUCCAUGUUUGCGGAUGCACACAUUUCCUGUUGCAGCCACAUCCUUUUAUUGCUAUAGUUUAUUUUCUAAAGAUGCCAAAGGAAACAAAUUUUUCUUUAUUUAUUUUAAAUAGCUAAAACUCUACUUUUCUUUAUAUUCUGAGAUUAGAUGGAAUUGUGUGACAUUAUGGACAAUUUAGCUCCAUUAUUGAUUAGAAAGUGGCUUUUUUUUGGUUUUUUUUUUUUUUUUUGGUAAGUGGAGGUGGCUUGGUAACACUAAUAUUUGGAUAUUUAAAAGGAUGAAACAUUCUUGGAGUUUCCUCUUUGCCUGUAUUGUCAGGGUAGACUGUCUGGUCAGACAGAGACGAGAACUAACUCAGAUGGCGGGAGUCAAGCAUUACCUGCUUUGCUCUUGGAGGCAGCUAUGUCCUGGUUUGGUUUUUUUAUUUUUUAUUUUUAUUUUUGCAUAUUGGCCUCAGACUGGCCCGAUCUUGUAUGUACUAAACACACUUAAGGGUCCCCAGCACCCAGAAGAUUGGAGAAGUAUAACAUUGGGUUUCACAGAUUUACAUGAUGUUGCCUUUUUAGAAAUUGAUUUUCAGCUGGAUGUGGUGGCAGAUUCUCUUGUGAUCCUAGCUCUUGGGUGCUAGGACCAUGAGUUCAAGGCUCUCUGGGUUACAUAAGCAAGACUACUUAAGAUUCCUCAUUUUCAUUUCAUGUGAUAAUCACCUUUUCUGGUGUAUUUCCUCGCUGUCCUCUUGGGUUGUUUUUAACUUCCCAACUGGUAGGUUUAGUUUAUCAAAAACAAAAAAGAAGCUUAAAUAAUACCUUUAUUCUGGUAUUAAAUAUGUUUAGGAAAGUAUUAAAAAUUCAGGCUUAGUAAUAAGUACCCUGAUGGAAAUUAUUUUUAAAUUCUGGUUUGAGAAUUUGUCAGUUUAAAAAGUCCUAAAAAGUUUUUGGUCUGGGUGUGGUGGCACAUGCUUUUAGUCCCAGGCUUUUUGAGAGGCAGAGGCAAGCACGUUUUUGAGUUCGAGGCCAUUCUUGUCUACAUACUAAGUCCCACGCUAGCCAGGACUCCACAGACGUUGUGGGGCACCUCCCCUCCCGAGUAAUUUUAGUGAGACCUUAUUUAGAGCAUGCAGAUUUACUACAAGUCACUGACCCUCUAAUGGGCUUUUACAUAAUCCAGUGUUUUUCCUGAGCCUGGGCCUGACUUUCAGUAGAAAACUUAGUUGUAAGCCUGUUGGGAUAGAUCCCAGGAAGGUCUGACUCCAAGCACAGGAUGUAGAUACUUAUGGCACACUGGUACUAGCCAGCUGCCCCAAGUUUGUGCUCUCAAAUGUUUCUUGGUUUACUUACACGUAACCUUCAAAAAUAUGUUAAUGUUUGGAAAAUUGAGUUUUUCCUUUUGAGAAGUGUAACCUAUGAAAUGAGAUUAAAACACCUUUUUUUUUUUGAAAUUUUUUAUAUUCCUGAUUGUUGGUGGCAUUUAACACUAUGCAAAAAUCUUUGUCUGCAGGAAGGGACGGCAGCAGGGUUGCUCGGUAGGCACUGGGAAUGCAGCAUGUUACUGGUCAGGCUGCUGGGCAAAUUUACCAGUGGGAAAAGCAAAGCUCGAUUGUAAGUGUAUGUCUGCUAGGAGCUUGUGCACCUGCAGUAGAAGAAGAGUGUUUUCCAAAUCCAGUGUAGCAAGACCAGAAAGGAAUUCUUGGUGGUCUAAGGAAUGAAGAUGACUUUGGGCAGAGGGGUGUGGAGUCAGCUAUAUUGUGUACAUAGAUGGAACCAGUGUUUAGAUAGGAGAGAGGGAAAGGGAGGGCUGUUCACAGUUAUCUUUAUUUCAAUCACUUUUUCUAGCUUCAAGGAGUUGAUGUUUGAAAGUUGCAUUUCCACCUCUCAGUCCCUGUUUAAGUCAGUGCACACCCAUCAGCCUGUUGGUGUCGCUGAGGAGGCAACUCCGAGCCCUCCCUGUUGCAUAGCCUUUUCCCAAGCAUGCCUUCCAGUGUCUGCACAUGUUGUGAUAGACUGUUUGCACUGUUGCCGUGCACAGUACAGCUCACUGCAUAGGUCAGAGAGUGCUGGUCUCUCCCUUGCUGUCCUCGUACUCCUCGUCGUUACUGCUUUCUUACAUGGCUAGGACCUCAGGAGCCUGCAGUCAUCACCAGAAGGUGCCAGGAUGGUCUCACCUUUGGCUUGGUUCUUCCCACCACGCUGCUGUCUGUGAUGAGCUGUGGCAUAGGUUGGUUUGGUUCUGAGAGAAGUGGAUCCAGUCCUUGCACUGUGCUCUUACUGAUCAUGUCUGCUUCCCGUCACCUACUUUUUACAGGCAUCAUAAUAAAAGCUAGACAAUUUCUUUGGGGGAAAAGAGACUUAUUUAAUGUAAUUUAAAAGACUUUUCCAAUAGAAAAUGAAAUAUUAUUGAAAAUAUCUAUUUUUUAGCUUUCAGCAAUUGAUGGUGCUUUGUUGUGGUGUCUGCUGGAAGUUACUGCCAUUAUAGGGAUUUUCAUUAACCUCACUGGGAAAGACCCUUGCUUGUUAGCUUCUUUAGAUCUCUAAACAGUGUGUUAGUGAUGGUAAUCCUGUAGGAGGGUCUAUUCUGAGCCAUUAACUUCCUGUAAGGGGAAAAUGGGCUGGUUACCAGAAAUACCAUUGAAGCAGGGUGGGCUGCGGGUGGAGGGUUGGGUGUUUGUCUUGAGAAUUAAAAACUACGAAACACUUUUGUAUACAACUGAAUUUUUAAAAAAUAAACACAUUUUUAAAGAUG